CAGGAUGUUAAUUAUUUCCUAAGUUCCUGCUUAGAAGAAGACUGAGAACCGAAUGCCGCUGAAGAUGUUGUUCGCCUUCAUUCAGCCCAAAUUCAUAGCUGCAAUGGUGCUCUCGGGGUUGGUCACUGUGGUGGUACUAUACCUGUCCAUACUUGACGACACACACCUUAACACUCACCUGACACAAAACACCCGGACACGUCCUGUUAAGACCAUGUUCUGGUACAAACCAAACAUAACGACAGAGAUGUAUCUCCUCUCCGCCUACUAUGACGAUAGACCGACCAUAGACCCCAUGACAAGACCGGCCAUUCGUAUCAUCGGUAUGGCGCACAAAGAUGAAGUGGACAAAGAGAAACUGUCCUGUUUAGUCACCUACGAAGGGCGGGAAACUCCCGUCUUGCAGGCAAUCACGCCGACUGACAUCGGCAUAGGAGGCUGGCGACACGGGAAAUUCUUUCGGGAGUAUAUAUUUGUGUGUGGAUCUUUGAGAGUCAAGGAUAAGAACGCGACAUUCGUCUCCGUGGUGGACCAGACGUAUCUGACCCAAACGAAUUGGGAAUCUCAUGAACAGGUGCGUGUACCUGUACGAUAUCCAAGAAGAGAGGAAACAAUGGACUUUGGGUGCUGUGUCAGUUUGGCUUACUGGAAGUUUGAUCCCUAUAGACUAGUGGAGUGGGUGGAGCUGCACAGGCUCUGGGGAGUAAAGGAGAUCAACAUUUACGGCAGCAUGGUGGAGGACACCACGGAGAGGGUUUUCUUAUACUACCACCAGCAGGGGAUCUUAACCUACACCAGGGUACCCCGGCCCAUAACCGAGGACGGAGAAAUCAUGUUUCAUAUCAUGGCGACUCCUGUGAUCAAUGACUGUAUGUAUAAGAACAUGUACAGAUACAAGAAAAUCGUCGUCACCGAUUUAGACGAAAUGAUCGUUCCCCGUGGAAAUUUGAUGACGUACCAUGACAUGUUGGCCGCCAUUGAAAAUGAAACAGAAUCAAGUCAUCCGUACCGAAUGUAUAAUUUUAGGAACGUGUAUUACUUCUCCGAACUGCCGCAGAAUACGUCGCAGCCGGAGUAUGCGUUAACGUUACGUCAAAAUCACCAUUUGAGAGAACUGACGGCUCACGGAACGGCAACUAAAAGCAUCUCAGACCCGAUGGCUUGCAAUAAUUUGCAUAAUCAUUAUUGCUUGAAAAUCCCCAAAAUGCUUGAAAAAACGCCUCAUUCUAUUCAAGUUCAUGAAAAAUUUGGCUUGAAUCAGCAUUACAAGAAGUGCCACUUCGACAAGUACCGUAAGGCUUACAAUCUGCCAUCUUGCAAAGAAGCUCUGAAGAAUUACACAUAUGACCCCACUAUGCUGAAAUUUAAGAAGAAAAUGCUGGCCAGUUUAAAAAAGCCUCUUAAAGAUCUUCAAUUGAUAAAACAUGUUUCUUGAAUUCUUUAACAGCAUUAAGAUCAACCACUUUGUCUUAUCUUUUUUUGUGUUGUUGAUUAUUUGUACUUGAUUCUGCAUUUGAAAAUGAAAUUUUAGUGCAGGAUCUUAGGCCACAUUCACACAGAGAGCAUCGGUCUACGUAGAUCGAUCCAACUCUGCAAGAACUCUCACUGAAUGCAAUCAGCUUAACCGUAUGGUAGGCCUCCCCCCGUGUUGAGUAGAAUACCAGAAAUACAGAAAGGCUGGUGAUGAAUAUAUGCUUUGGAAUGGUUGCGCUACAUGUAACAAUAAACGUAACAAACGUUGUUAGACCCUUUUUCGUCUAUCAGCUACAUGUUAAUCAGUCGUUAAUCGUGUUGUUUCUGUUUAAGACUUACUCACUGCAAAGUGUCGGAUGAGGA